UCAUUGCGUACUCACUGACCUCCGGAGUGCUCAUUGCAUUUGGCGCCAUUUUCUUAACAAUGGUUGGUGUUGUUGUUGGCCAUUACGUAUUGUCCAAAAAAAAGAAACCUAAGGUUACGUCAGAAGAUCCCAAUGAGAAGUACCCUCUGCGACUAAUAGAUAAAGUGAUUGUGAGUCAUGACACUAGGAAGUUUUGCUUUGCCCUUCCUUCAGCGAGUCACAGUCUUGGUUUGCCUGUGGGAAAACACGUGUACCUUUCUGCCAGAAUUGAUGGUAACCUUGUUGUGCGACCAUAUACUCCAGUUACCAGUGAUGAUGAAAAGGAUUAUGUUGAUCUUGUUGUGAAGAUAUAUUUUAAAGAAGUACAUCCUAAAUUCCCUGAAGGUGGAAAAAUGACUCAGUACCUGGAAGAUCUGAAGACUGGGGAUACUAUCAAUUUCAGAGGCCCAGGUGGAUUACUCAUUUAAAAUGGAAAUGGCAAGUUUGGCAUCUAACCUGACAAGAAAUCACCCUCUGAGGACAAGUUUGCAAGAAAGCUUGGCAUGAUUGCAGGUGGAUCUGGUAUUACUCCAAUGCUGCAGUUAAUACGUGCUAUCAUGAAGGAUCGUGAAGACCCAGCUAUGUGUUACUUGCUCUUUGCAAAUCAAACUGAAAAAGACAUUCUGCUACUUGAUGAUUUGGAGGAACUUCAAGCUCUGUAUCCAGAUCGCUUUAGGCUGUGGUAUACUGUGGAUAAAGCUCCUGAAGGCUGGGAUUAUAGUGAAGGUUUUGUGAGUUCUGAUAUGAUUAAAGAACACCUUCCAGAACCUGCUGAUGACGUAUUGAUUCUCAUGUGUGGCCCACCUGCCAUGAUUCAAUUUGCAUGCAACCCCAAUUUGGACAAACUUGAAUAUUCACAAGGAAUGUGUUUUACAUACUAG